CACUGAGUCUCCUUCUCUGCACCACACAAACAAACAAACAAACAAACAAAGUUUGGCCUCACUGUUCCUCCAUCCCUCCAUCCGCCCGUGCCACGCUGCCCGUCUUUUCCAGCCCUUCUGACCUUCCUCUUCCAGUAGCCGGCCCUCAGUGUGUGCCUGCAGUCACUCAUUGGCGAGCAAGUCACGUAUCAGAGGAGCAGACAUGCACUUGGCGCACCACCCAGUUCUUGUGUGUGUCGAUGUGCCUUCUUCUCACCUUCUGCACGAGGCCUCCCGCUGACGGCCUCGUUGCUAGCAGCUGGUUCUCAUCAUCAGACGAAGACGGUGGCUGGCGGCUGCGGGUCUGACCGUCCUUGCGCACUGGGAGGGCAUGGCGAUCUCCGGUAGCUGCUGAUGUCCCCUCCCUCCCUCCCUCUAGCACCCGAAACCCUUCAAUGUCGACGUAGUGGUUGUGUCGCAUGUCGGGUGGCUGGCCCGCCCUCUUCCUCGCCCGCUUGACCUUCAACCGCAGCCCCCGAAAAUCCCAGCUCUCCCGUUGGCGGCGCACCUCGGCUUGGACGUAGUAUUUGCCCCCUCCCGCAACACGAAAGGGCCCCGCGAGCACGCGGAAGGCCUGGGAGUCGCUGGUGAUGAUGUGCGCUUUCAGGCCCUUGAAAGCGGCGGCCUUGUGGAAGGCGGCGUGGAGGGCGGCAGGGCAGGAGUCCUCGUCGUGCAUGCCGGACGACGGCAU